AUGCCCUCAGCCGACUUACCUCCAGCUACAACCAUCGCCCACGAUGAUAUGACGGGUGAUCAACUGGCUUUGCCUACCUCUGAACGGGUCUCGACGGAAACCAGAUUUGGGAAAGUAGAAGGAGGAAGGACCAAGAACGGGUGUCAGGUGUUUCUGAACGUACCCUACGGAAUCGAUGUUCCUCGUUGGACUGAUCCGCAACCCCUUCCAUCGACUUACAGAUACCCUUCCACACCUUUCAUCUACGACUCCAAGUACUGUGCUCAACCUGAACGAACAUACUCCCAGACCAAUGCUAUACGUGAUCGACUGGGUCUCGGUUCACCCUCUGAGAAUCCUUUCUUUGCCGAUAUAUACAUUCCAUCCGAUUAUCCUCUCUCACCUCGUCCGGACGGAACCCCCCUCUUACCAGUCAAGGUGUUCAUCCACGGUGGGUUCCUACAAUACGGUUCUACCUCGGGACACCAUUACAACCAGCAAUUCUUCCCUGCGGAGCACUACAACGAGAUCCGAGUCUUGUUAGGACACAGAGUAUCCGUAUUGGGAUUUUUGGGGUGCGAUACACCGAAAGUAUCAGGUAAUUUUGGUUUUAAGGAUUGUUGGUUGGGUUUAGAAUGGGUUAGAGACAAUAUCGAGUGGUUCGGUGGUGAUCCUUCUCAAAUUCAUCUCAGUGGAUUGAGCGGCGGUGGUCAUGUGGUACAUCAAUUGAUUCAUCAAGCUGCAAGACUAGCGCCUGCCAAAGCACCUUUCGUCACUGCUCAUCUACAAUCCAACGCUAUCCUCGCCAGCCCCGUUACUCCUGCUACGCGAAACAUCCAAUUUGCGGCGUUAUGUAAAGCUAUUGGUAUUGACCCAGCCACACCCGAUGUACUGGGAAGACUGAGAGAUACGAACGAGUUCCCCACGGACAAAUUGAUCAAAGCGGUGCAGAACAUGGGCGAGCUAUGUACCUUCAGAGGAGUUGUUGGCGAUGAUGGAUGGGUGAGAGCGGAUCAAGUGGAGUUCCAACAUAAUGGUGGAUUGGCAAAAGGAUUGAGAGAAGCUGGAGUGAGGUGUAUCAUCGCUGGUGAUGUGAGGGACGAGGACUUCUUCUACAAGGGUGUUCAUUUGUCAAAGACCAAGGCAGACUUGGUACCGAAUAUUGCAAGAUAUUAUCCUUACGAGCAGAGUGAACGAUUCUUGGCUUCCUACGGUGAAUUGUCCGAUGAUGCAUCUGUUGAAGAGAUCAACACAUUGUUAGGACGAAUCCUUGCGGAUGGUCAAGUGCACUUACCCGUCCGGAUGCUCCAAACCGACUUGGCCAGACACUCGUUCCCUGUUGUCCGUUACGCCAUUGAAUCUGUACCUGUAGCAUACGGUACCAACGGUAAAGCUUCGCAUGGUACAGACUUGGCGGUUCACCAGUUAAGAUUGAGCAUGAUGACUCCCCAAGAGACCCUGGCGGCCUUGCAAUUCAACAAAGCUCUUUGGGAUGAGGUUAAUAAAGCUUUAGGAGGUGAUGGCUCGGACUUCCAGCAGAAAGAUGAUGAAGAAAUGCUGACAUUGGAUAAGAAUGGGGUAACGCAAUGGAGGAAGGAUUGGAGAUGGCCUCAAUUAAGAAACGCAGAAAAGGUAUUCAGAGCUUAG